UAUGAAGAAUGUAACAUGGGAAGGUAGAGACUUGUCGUUUACAGAAGACGGUUACCAGCAGAACCCCAAGCUGGUCGUCAUCGUUCUCAAUAAGGAACGAGAAUGGGAGAAGAUGGGUCGUUUGGACAACCGUAGCCUGACGUUGAAGUACCACGUGUGGCCGCGCUUCAACUCGUUCGGCGACGCGGAGACGGAUGACAACCAUCUGUCCAUCGUGACUCUGGAGGAGAAACCCUUCGUCAUCGUGGAAGACGUGGAGAGGCUCACUGGAACCUGUAUGAGGAAUUCUGUUCCCUGUAGGAAGCACAUCAAGGACAACACCACAGAGGCGGGCGGGACCUACAUUAAAAAGUGCUGUAAAGGAUUCUGCAUCGACAUCCUGAAGAAGAUCGCGAAGUACGUAAAGUUCACCUACGAUCUCUACCUGGUUACCAACGGUAAACACGGGAAGAAGAUCAACAACGUGUGGAACGGGAUGGUGGGAGAGGUGGUCUAUAAGAAAGCUGUCAUGGCCGUCGGCUCUCUGACGAUCAAUGAGGAGCGUUCUGAGGUCAUCGAUUUCUCCGUCCCGUUCGUGGAAACUGGAAUAAGCGUCAUGGUCUCCCGUAGCAACGGAACCGUCUCCCCGUCCGCCUUUCUUGAGCCGUUCAGUGCGACGGUGUGGAUCAUGAUGUUUGUGAUGCUGUUGUUGGUAACAGCAAUGGCUGUGUUCAUGUUUGAAUACAUCAGCCCUCUGGGCUUUAACAGGAACCUGGCACAGGGUAGAGACCCCCACGGCCCAUCGUUCACUAUGGGUAAGGCGGUGUGGCUGCUGUGGGGUCUGGUGUUCAACAACUCUGUCCCGGUUCAGAACCCUAAAGGCACCACCAGUAAGUUCAUAGUGUCGGUGUGGGCCUUCUUCGCCGUCAUCUUCCUGGCCUCUUACACAGCCAACCUGGCUGCCUUCAUGAUCCAGGAGGAGUUUGUAGACCAGGUCACGGGACUGUCUGACAACAAGUUCCAGAACCCGUAUGCGUACUCCCCUCCGUUCCGUUUUGGGACGGUCCCCAACGGUUCGACGGAGAGGAACAUCAGGAAGAAUUACCCUAACAUGCACGAGUACCUGUCCAAGUACCACCAGACAGGGGUUCAGGACGCUCUGGUCAGCCUGAAGACGGGUAAACUGGAUGCCUUCAUCUACGAUGCUGCUGUGUUGAACUAUGCAGCGGGUCGAGACGAGGGCUGUAAGCUGGUCACCAUCGGCAGUGGGUACAUCUUCGCCACCACCGGCUACGGCAUCGCUCUGCAUAAAGGGUCCUACUGGAAACGCCAGGUGGACCUGGCUAUACUGGCUAUUAUAGGAGACGGUGAGAUGGAGGAGCUGGAAGCUCAGUGGCUAACGGGGAUCUGUCACCAUGAGAAGAACGAGGUGAUGUCCAGUCAGCUGGACAUCGACAACAUGGCCGGAGUGUUUUACAUGCUGGCUACCGCAAUGGGACUGUCUCUCAUUACCUUCAUAUCAGAGCAUCUCUUCUACUGGAGGUUGAGAUACUGUUUCACUGGAGUCUGUACGGGAACACCGGGACUACUGUUCUCUAUAAGCAGGGGGAUUUGGAGUUGUAUUCACGGCGUCCACAUCGACAUGAAAAAGAAAUCCGAGCUGGAUUUUAGCCCUCAGGCCAACAUGUUGAAGCUCAUCAAGUCAGCCAAACAGAUGACCAACAUGUCCAACCUGUCUGCGUCCAGGAUCAAUUCCCCCAAGCGGGCGGCUGAGUUCAUGCACUCGGCGGGGCCCAUGAUCAUGGAUAUGAUGGCUGAGAAAGGUAACUUCAUCUACGCCGACAAUCGAAGCUACGCCCCUAAAGAGGUGAUCUACGGCGAUACGGGCGACCUCCAGGCGUACCUGGCCAACCGACACAAAGACCACCUGAAUAACUACAUCUUCCAAGGCGGACAGCACCCUCUGACCCUCAACGAGUCAAACCCAAACUCCGUGGAAGUGGCGGUGAGCGCGGACGCCGCCCAGACCAACGCCAAACCCAGAGGCCUGUGGAAGAAGUCCGUGGACACAAUGCGGCAGGGUCCAGGUGUCCCGGGCCCCGACAUGCUGUCCCCCGACCCCCGCAUCUCCAUGAAGACGCAACGAUACCUUCCGGAGGAAGCAGCUCACUCAGACAUCUCUGACUGCUCCAGCCGAGGAGGAGGCGGUUCGUACCAGGACCCAGAAAACAACAAGCACCUGAAGAACAAGGACGGAUUAAAAAAAAGACAGUUGCCGUCGAAAUACCCUAGGGACUGCAGCGAAGUAGAGCUGUCCUACUUAAAGACUAAGCAGGGCAGCGGAGGGGGUGGAGGAGUGGGAGGACAGGGACAAGGACAGAUCUACACCAUAGACUCAGAUAGAGAACUCAAUCUCAACUCUGAUCCUUUACACUACCGCGAGAGUCGAGGCCUGGCCGCCGACGACCUGGACUACCCAGAGAUCUACUCUGACCACAACGACAACUACCGGAAGUGUCAGGAUCAGCCAAUCAUCCACCUCAACUCGUCCCCACUGCACCACGCCGACGUCGACCUGCUCCCGGACUCGACUUACUCCAAACACUACGGUGUGAAGGAUAAGAGCUUGUCCCUGUCGCCCCACGAGACCAAUGACCGUUCCAAACAGACCCAUUGCCGCUCUUGUCUGUCCAAGUUCCCUGCCAGUAGCAGCUACACCCCGGGUCACUACACCGCCGCCGCCGCCCGCUCGCCCUACAACCGCUGCGAAGCGUGCCUCCACACUGCUAACCUCUACGACAUCAGCGAAGACCAGCUGCUCCAGGACGCCCUGCUGACCAACCAGGGAAUGCAUCAACAUCAGGACGAGAUGUUCGGCCACUACUGGCCUCAGACGGACGGUCCGCACGUCCAGAAGAGAAACCGGCUGCGUAUGUCCCGCCAACACUCGUUCGACAACAUCAUGCUGGAGAAGCCUAAAGAAAUAGAUCUGGGGCGUCCGGCUCGCUCCGUCAGCCUCAAAGAGAAAGACCGCUGCUUCCUGGAUGAUUCUCCCUACGCCAACCUGUUCAGCGUCCGCCAGGCCGACAAGCUGUUGGGCUCCAGGUCGAUGCUGUUCAACCUGGAGGAGAACAAACGGAGCAAGUCGCUGUACCCCGAACACGGCUCUGACAACCCCUUCAUGGCGUCUUCGCUGAGGGACGACACGCGCCUCGUCCACGGACGCAGCUCCUCCGACAUUUACAAACAGCUGGGAGGAGGAGGGCUCAAAACAUCGCAACGCAACGAAAACAAUCUGAGAUCCUCGGUCAAAUCCGCCGCUUCCUACUGCUCCCGGGACGGAGGACGGAUACCAGCCAAUGACAUGUACAUUACAGAGCAUGUGAUGCCUUAUGUAGCCAAUAAGACAAGUUCUUACUCAGCCGCACCGCGAGGGGUACUAAACUCAGCCCAGUUCAGCAAUAGACGGGUUUAUAAGAAGAUACCCAGUCUGGAGUCAGACGUUUAAUUAACUUAAUGAUUAUAAUUAUUAGUAGGGUUAUUACGAAGUCUUUCUGCUGUGUUUUAUUAUAGUUUAUAACUAUCUACUAUCCACUUAGGAUGCCAUAGACACACUUAUUCUUCUUCUUCUGCUACUACAACUACUACUACUAUUACAACUAUAGCCAGAUAUACGUACCAGGGGAGUUGAAGCUCUCUCUCUCUCUACUAAUCUCUCUGUUCCUUCUAGGGGAGUUGAAGCUCUCUCUCUCUCUACUAAUCUCUAUGUUCCUUCCAGGGGAGUUGUAGAUCUCUCUCGCUCUCUCUCUCUCUCUCUACUGAUCUCUCUGUUCCUUCCAGGGGAGUUGUAGUGAGAGGUUUGGCCCGUCAUAUGAUUCAUGGACAGACAGACAGACAGACAGGCAGACAGACAGGGAGGCAGGCAGGCAGACAGACAGACCAGGAGAGAGAGA